UCCGGGGUCAGGUUCCUGUAACCUCAAUCGCUGAGAGUCAGAGGAGGAGCGAAUUUAAAGGAAAACUAUUUACCCGACUUAAUCCUGUUAUCACGGGUUAAAUCGAUGUUGCCAGUAAUCCAGAACAACUCUUCGUAUUAAGGAUAUAAAGGUUUCUUAGCCAUAAAAAGGACCGAGCGGUGACUGAGUGAUGCAACAUGGCAGCAGCUGCUGUCAACAGGAGGUUUGUGUCGGUUCUACUUUUCCGCAGCCGUGGGCUGGACACUGUGGGCCAGAGGACACUCUCCUGUCUCCCCACUGUCCUGACCAGCCAAGAACCGGGGAGAUUCCGGUGCUUUAACAGCGGAGGACCAGAGGGCCACCGGAGCCUGGACUGCAGGGCUCCAGCAUGGAAGGAAGGAGGCGGAAGGACGGGCAGCUCUGGCCGGCUGCGGUCUCUCUCUGUAGGGUUGGCGCUCUGCGGCGCGGCGCUCCUGGACCGGCUCAGGGAGGACCAGGUGGAGCCAGAAGGAUCUCCGGGAUCCAGCAACUUUCUCAGACUCUUCCUGCCGUCUGCGCGGUGUGCCUCCCCCUUUAGGCCGGACAGCCCCCGCUUCAGAUACAACUUCAUAGCAGAUGUGGUGGAAAAGUCCACUCCAGCCGUGGUGUACAUCGAGAUCGUGGGCAGACAUCCGUUUUCAGGCAGAGAAGUCCCCGUGUCAAACGGGUCGGGUUUCAUCGUCAGCAGCGAAGGCCUCAUCGUCACCAACGCCCACGUCGUGGCCAACAAGAGAGGCGUCCGCGUCAAGCUCACCAACGGCGACACGUACAACGCCACGGUCCAGGACGUCGAUCCCGGGGCAGAUAUCGCCACGAUCAAAAUCACACCAAAGAAACCUUUACCCACGCUCAAACUGGGUCAGUCGUCGGACGUUCGUCAAGGAGAGUUCGUGGUGGCCAUGGGAAGUCCGUUCGCUCUCCGGAACACGAUCACCUCAGGAAUCGUCAGCUCAGCGCAGAGAGGAAGCAAAGAGCUGGGCCUGUCCAACUCCAACAUGGAGUACAUUCAGACGGAUGCGGCCAUCGAUUUUGGAAAUUCUGGCGGUCCUUUGAUUAAUCUGGACGGGGAAGUCAUCGGUAUAAACACCAUGAAGGUAACCGCAGGGAUCUCAUUCGCUAUUCCGUCUGAUCGCGUGAAACUGUUUCUGGAUCAAGCUGCCAAAAGAACAACCUCCAGGUUUGACGACUCGGGAACGCGGCCUCGGUACAUCGGUGUUAUGAUGCUGACGCUGACACCAAGCAUCAUAGCCGAGCUGAAGAUGAGAGACCCGUCUUUUCCUAGUGUCCAACACGGCAUUCUGAUCCACAGAGUCAUCACAGGAUCACCGGCCAGCAGAGCUGGGAUGCAACCGGGAGACGUCGUGUUGGAGAUCAACGGGGUCAAGGUGAACACCUCCGAGGAGAUCUACCAGGCCGUGAGGAGCAGCCAGAGCAUCAGCCUGGUGGUGCAGAGAGGAAGCAAGCUCUUCCACCUCCAAGUGACUCCUGAAUACAUCGAGUGAAAAAGCAGCCAAAUAUCUUCAUGCUGCUGAGGAGAAAACUGUGAAACCAGACGACUGUUUUGUUUGUUUAAUUGUGAAUAGUUGCCAAAGUGGAUGUGUGGUGAUAAUUUACCAGCUUUUCUGAGAAUUUCUAUCUUGGUUUAAUUAAUAAACUUGUCCAUACAGGAUAGUUUGUAAAAUAAGAGAACUGGGAGCACAUUUUAUUAAAGCCAUUUAUUGUUAAACAGCAAAAUGAAGCAUGAGAGACUCGACACUAUGGCAAGGAAGAAUGGUAUUAAAAGUGACUACCAUUAACAGAGUAAAUAAGCCUGUCCGGUCACAACUGGUGCUAUGACUAUGAUUAUAACGAGGAGAAACUGUGACCGUCGCACCUCUUUGAACUGCUUGGAGUUCGCCGCGCACUGAGUAAAAACCGAAAGCCAUGAAGUCUUUUCAUGUAGAAGGAAAACGCAGGAAGGUGGGAAAAAAAAU